AUGCUGGACUACCUGCCGCAGUGGCUUCGAGGAGCACCUUCAGAGCAAGAGAAGCCAGCCCCUGACAGCAGCGAACGGGACAGUCUCCAGGUUCAGGUGCAGCUCCACGAACCUGAGAGCGAGGAUGCUGAAACGACUCCCAAGGCGACAGCUACUGAAGCAAGCUCGAGCGUGCCGACCUUAUUCCUCAACGGUGAUCGGCAUAAUGGUAAAAGCUCCAGCGGAUCCGUUGCAAGUAACCAGUCGGCACCUGCGAAGCCAGUCCUCGAACCGCCGGCGCCAUUGACUGCUAAACCCAUGACAAAGCAAUCGAACGCAGCAAGUCUUAUGCCACCACCCGCGAGACCAUCCAUGGCACCACCACCAAGCCCAGCAUCCGGCCUCCGUGUCCCCUCAACAGGUCCUUUACCGAACCGUGGGCCCCCACCCCACAGCCAGCAGCGUGUAAACAGUGGCAACUCUCUCGCUCCAACCAGCACCACAUCAACUCCAAACCCUCGCGGCAAAGUCCUGCUCUCCCCUGGCCACUCCCCUAUGGACUGGGCAGCUCUCACUCGCAAAUCAAAUCUCAGCGGCGUCAGCACGUUCCAGCGCGUCACACCCAGCAUGCUUAAAAAGAUGACUGGCCGCAAAGGCAAGCCCGCGUGGAGUAGCUGGCAGGGCAAGGUGUACAACAUCACGCCUUAUCUGGAUUUCCACCCGGGCGGGAGAGAUGAGUUGAUGAAAGCGGCUGGGAGAGAUGGGACGAAGUUAUUCAUGGAGGUCCAUCCGUGGGUUAACUGGGAGAAUAUGCUGGGUUCUUGCAUGGUUGGUGUCAUGGUGUCAGAGGGUUCAGGCGGCGAGGGAUCGCAGCUGGAGGACAUUGAUUGA